AGCAAUGGAUACUAGUAUUGCCACUGUUCCCUCAAGUACAGUUGUUAGUGCUGGUGCAGGUGCAGUUGUCCCUUCUGGUUCAUCAGAAGAAGCAGACAGGGUUCCACCUACUACUAGUAUUGCAGAGACUCCUUCAGUAAUGACAGCUACCUUAAGAGAGAGUGAUGAUGGUACUUGGAUAAUAACAAGCAUGGAUGGGAAAGCUCUUCAUCAUAUUUCACACGCUUCAGAACCAGGCACAGGUACUGAAGAAGAAACUGUUUUUUAUGCUAUUGAGCCGGAGAGUGUUGAGGAGAAAGGACAGGAAGUCUGCAAUCCAGAUGUUCUUGUUGCUGCAUUAGAAAAUUUGAAAGAAGAUUUUCAACAGGCUAUGAUAAAGGGUUGUGAUGAAAAAUCAGAUAGUAAGGAAUCAGAUGUAGUGAAAAAGGCCGUGGUGAAUAAGAAACCACCUCAGCUGGAAGUUGGUGAAAUCCCUUUUGGGCAAAAGGGUGUUCUCAAGUUGCAACCAGAAGAAGACGAAGAAGAUGAUGAUGAUGAAGAAGAAGAAAUUGUGGUGAAACCCCCUGAAAUUCAAAAAAGUGAAAGGUCUGGAAGAACCAUUAAGAGGCCAGCACAUUUUUGUGAUAUGGAACUUGAGGAUUGGACUCCAAGCAAGGAUACGGGUAGGAAGAGGUAUCGACGUAGAAACAAGGAAGUCAGUGCUUCAAACAAACAGUAUGCUUGUGAUCUUUGUUCUGAGGCUUUUGUUAAAGAAUCAACAUUAGAUCAUCACUAUGAUGAUGUGCAUACUGGUCCCUACAAAUGUGAGGGUUGUGAAAAGGAGUUUCCUAAAAAAGCUCAAUUGAAAACACAUGAAAAAAUACAUCUUGGUGACAGACCAUUCAAAUGUGACAAAUGUGAAAAAGCAUUUCCGUAUUCUUCACAUCUGACUGUACAUCGAAGAAUUCACACUGGUGAAAAACCAUACCAGUGUGAGUAUUGUGGAAAAGGAUUUGUAGCAUCUUGUGACCUAAAACGACACAUUCGCAGCCAUAUUGGACUGAAACCACACGACUGUACAUUAUGUGAGAGGUCGUUUGCAGCGAUGUCUGAUUUAAGAAGACACAUGAAAACACACACUGGAAAGAAAAGCCAUGAAUGCAACAACUGUGGCAAGAUGUUUGCAAGAGCUGAUAGUCUAAGACUGCAUAAGCAAUUAAUUCAUCAAGAAAUCCAUGAAGCAUAUCAGUGUGAUGAGUGUGAAAAAAUCUUUAUGCAAAUGAGGUACCUACGUGCACAUCAGAAAUAUUUGCAUGAGGAGGACGGCCCAUAUACAAUAAUGCCAAAAAGUGCAGCAGAUAAUAUUCUUGCUCAACAAAAAGCAAAGCGUGAUGCUGAGUCUUCAUCAAAGACUGACAAACAGAAUGAAGAGAAGAGUGAUGGGGAAUAUACAUACACUUUACCUCCUACUUCGAAUAACACAACAGCCUCAGUUGGCGGUGAUACUCCAACUACUGCGACUGUAACUACAGCAGAAACCAGCACAACCGUCACUGCAACAGCAACUGAAGGAACAUCUGAAAACUCCCAAGAAUCCCAAGCAUCAACAAAAGCAGUUAAAAACAUUAUAGUAUUUUUGAAACAAGAUAGUGGAACAGUUCAGUGUGAAAAUGGUGAAGUAAUAAGUCAAACUGUUCAACAGAUUGAGCUCCCACUCGAUGGUUUAGAUGGGGAUAUUUCAGGUGAAGCGUUACAAGAAGUAGCUCUGCAAGCUAUGCAGCAAAUAUCAUCUGGAGAGAAUAUAGAACAAAUUGUGAUUCACCAAGUCACAAAUCCAUAGACCUCUACUCUCGCAUCAUGUCAUAAUAAUCUUUAUUCACAAAGUUAAUAUAAAUUUUUUGUAUAAUUGCUGCUCUGAUAUUGAUAUCUCUUCUAAUCCAUUGAUAUAUUUUCUAAUCUAACUGAUCAGCUGCAUAACUUUUGAAUAGUUUAAAGUAUAUUUUGCUGGUAUCCAGAGACAUUUCUUGUUUAUAAUAGCAACAAAGUGUUAACAUGUUACUCUGACCUCCUCACUCACAACACUGCUUUUGCUUUCAUCAAGAGGUAUUUGUUGUAUCAUUUAUGGAGCCUGAGAUGAUCAUCCACCAUGUGUAUAUAUACUAAUCUUGUUCACUUUUACAAAUGGUUUAUGCCAAGAUUCUUUUAAUCAUGAAGACAGACAGACAAAUAUCAAAUAAAAGAAGCAAUAGGAGAAGUAUGAAAAGCUGUAGUUAGCGUAAA